AUGGGGAAGCUCGGCUCCAGGUCGUUUGUGGCCGUGGUGCAAGGGAACCUUUCAGCAGUGGCUUCGACUGCCUUUGACCUUAAACGGGACGCGACGGCCGCGACAGGUACGAACGUGAAGCGAUUGGACGUUAGUCUCAGGGCGGCACAGGGUCUCAUCGACAACAUGGACUACAUCCUCCCAGUGCAUGAUAGUGACCAGCUGGACGUGAACCAGGCCAUUUUCUUCAGAUGGAACAUGUUGGAGCUGCUUUUGCACUGGGUGCAGUUUCAGGGCGAGUGGCUCGACCACAUGCCCUCGUUUACUUCGCGCUUGCUUUGGCAGAUCCUUACCUCCAUCUUAUGGGACUUGGGUCUUGUUUCGGCCAAAUUUCAAACUCGAAUGUCGACUGAAUGUGAAACACAUGUCUCAGAGACACUGAACAGGUUCUACACCUGCGCACUUCCAUUACGCGUCUUCGUUUUACACAUCUACCGGGUGUUCUGGCCCUUGCUCUACUGCAGCCUGGCGGUGAAGUAUCAAGUCGCAGAACCAUAUCGCACAAUUUCCGACGCCGACCUUAGCAGUUUUAGCACACGAGCUCUGGUGAAGAGGGUUGCGCUGCUGCAGUCUUUACCAGCGUGUGAUCGGGGAUGCUUCCUGGACCUGUCAUCUGCAUUUGCUGCCCUGGCACUUCAAGCAGGCCAGAGACAGCAGGAGUCUGAGCUCUACGGCUACUUGGCUGACACGCAGCUCAUGCUCCAGUCGGCUUUUUGUGAGAGCAUUAUCGAUUGCAUUCGGACCCGCUCCGACGCAGAGCUCCUGCGCACGACCUGUGGCUUUCUACACAGGGUGGCAGAACUGCCACUUGUGCAACGUAGGCGCUUUCAGGUCCUUGCAAACCCAGGGGAGGCCUUAGGACGCACUGAGUUUGAAGGCUCACAUGGUGCAACACUUCUUGCCACUUUGCAGAACGAGGACCUGUGGUCAAGGCCUUUUCGGCUUAGCCUUACUGACGAGAUUGAAGCUGCAUGCAUUGACAAGAUGGACAUGGAUCCGAUAAGUCCAGCACGAGCCUUGAGCCUCUACACAAUGCUCAGCACUGUCGGCCAAGUCCUUUCCCGAUUUGGUGUGGAAUGGUUUGCCUCGCAUGGCACACUUUUGGGAGCCAUUAGGCAUGCAGGUCAGAUUCCGCAUGAUUGUGACCUUGACAUAUCCAUAUUUUCUUCGGAUCUGCACAUGCUGCGAAAUGCAUCCUUAAUGCUGGCAUUGCAGCGAAAUGGCUACCAGCUGGACUAUUUGCCAGUGCAACACUUGUUCACAGUUUGGCGCAGUGGUCAGCACACCGGAACAGAGGUGCGUGGGGCACGUGCGGUCAACAGCAUGAACAUGUACCGUGCCGCUUUGCACAUUUUCGUGCUGUUCGACUUCCAGGAAACAAAGCAAUGGAAAUAUGAAACGGACAGGUUGAAGCACCGUGGCUGGAUCAUGUCAGAGAAAGACUUGCUUCCACUGAAGUUGCAUCCUUUCGGCGACACAUCCGUCCCAGUUCCUGCACAGCCGGAAGCCUACUUGGACCGAAUGUAUGGCCAAGACUGGAACUCAACCAUCCGCUGCAUGACGGCUCUGCAGGAGAAUCCUUACUACGAACCAACUCCUCUGACCCGUGCUGGCAUGGCCCAGCCAACAGGACCACUAGAGCAAGUCUUUUUCGAGUGA